CGAUAAAAAAAAGUCGAACUACUCGACUUCUUUAUGCAAUUCUACAUGCUGAAACAAGAUAUUUAACAAAUUCUGCUCGAAUAUUAAUAAAAGAAAAAAAUAUUGAUGUUUAUGGUGAACAACAAUACCAACAACAACAACAACAACAACAGCAUCAAACCAUGUCAAAUUCUUCAUCAACUUCUUCAACAAUAUCUGAAAGUGAAUCUCAAUCACAUAUACAAUUUGAAAUACAUUCAUCUGGUGAUUUUUCAGUCCAAGAUAAUUGUCUCAUUUUGAAUCAGUUAACCGAUACAACAUCAACAAAUGAUAAUCCUGAUACAAAUUCAAAUGCAUCUUUAGAUAUAAAUGAAAAUAUCAAUAUUCCCGAAAAAAUAUCAUCAUCACAUUCAAAAUCACAACCACAGGUGAAACAACGUAAACGACAAAGAAAGAAUUUAGCUUCGGAUUAUCAAAAUUCCACAGGUUCAAAUAUUAUUAAAACAACUGAUGAUCAAAUUGCAACUACAAAUUUUACUCCAUUAAAUGAUCUUACAAAUUCAAGUUUUAAUUCAAGGUCAAAACGUCAACGAAGAUCAUAA